AUGGGGACUGGAGGGGAGGAGGGGAGAGGAGGAAAAAGGGGAGGAGGGGAGUGGAGGGGAGGAGAGGAGGGGAGGAGAGGAGGUGAGGGGAGGGAAGGGGAGAGGGUGAGAGGAGAGGAGAGGAGGAGAAGAGAAGAGAAGAGGAGGGGAGGGGAGGAGGAGGAGAGAGAGGAGGGGAGGAGAGGAAGUGAGAGGAGAGGAGUGAGGGGAGGAGAGGAGGUGACUGGAAGGGAGAGGAAGGGACAGGGUAGGAGGGUGGGGGAGCGGAGUGGAGGGGAGGAUAGGAGGGGAGAGGAGAUGAAUCGAGGGGAGAGGGUGGGGGUAGGGGAGGAGACUAGAGGGGGGAGGCGAGAGGAGGAAGUGAGAGGAGGGAGGGGAGGGGAGGAGAAGAGGGGAGAGGGGGAGAGGAGGAAACAGGGUAGGUGGGUAGGGGAGUGGAGGAGAAGAGUGGAGGGGAGGGGAGGAGAGGAAGUGAGAGGAGAGGAGUAA